AUGCUAUAUGAUUAUUCAUCGCACUCAAAUCUUACUGGCCAAUUAAAAAGAUCUUCCAGUGAGCAAUACUACUAUAUCUCACAUGCUUCCAAAACAAAAACAGAAAUAAAAAUGUUAAGUCGUAGCAUCUCUUUUCUAAGCUCAAUAAAUCCAAUAAAUAUGUCAGCUACUUCAGAAUCUGAGUUGAUCGAAUUAAUGAAUUCUAUAGUCACAUUCGAUCAUAUUGAAAAUAGUUACGUGAAUCUAGAAGACAUUGAACUUGAUGAUUCUUUAGAUAAUACAAGAGAAAGUGCAAGUAAUAUGGAUAUAAUUGAAAAGAAUGCAGUUAAACCAUCUAUGCCAGAACUAUCAGAUACAAAUA